AGCCUCAUGUGAAUCGCUGGGAUUAGACAGCUGUUUACUUUGCAGACCCCUUAAUGUUUACCUGCUAAUUUGUUGAAAUUUUUUUUGUUACACAGAUAAGCAUUUGUGUCCUGUUUUUUUUUUUUUCCCCUUUUUCUUUUUUUCUUAUAUUUUUGUGUGGCCUUUCCACAUGCCUUACCGCAGCAACACAACGUGAACCCAGAAGGUGGCGUGUAAAGAAGCAGAGCACAUUUCCAGCCUGAAAGGCGGUGUGUUUGUGAUGUUGCGGGACAUUUAUUCCCUCUGUUGUGUUUUCCCUAUAUGGUCUCCAGUUGAAGGGCCAGCAGCAGACCGCGUUUGUUGGAGGAGGUUUCCCCUCUCCCCUUCUCCCCCUCUCCCCCUCCCGGGGGAUACAAUGGCAGUUUCCCGCAACCGUGAUGCGGCGACCGUAGUUCCAUUUCCGGGUCACUGGGGACGCGAGGAGGGGGCUGCGGGGGUCAGAGUGGGUGUGGGUGUGGGUGUGGGGAAAGUAGUGAAACGCAGGGGGAGGGACGGAGAGACAACGCCACACUGGGCCGAGUGACUGUCGGGGGACUUUAAACGGUAUCGCCAAUCGCUUUUAACUGUGUUUAUGUUUGAUUUAUGUACUUUGUGUAACGAUUUGACUCGUGUGUGAAAGGGGAUGUAUUCGCCUGUGUGUGGCUAUUUUAUUUUUUCCCAGAAUUGCAAUCCCAUGUAAUUGUCAUUUAUUAUAUGUAAAUAUAUACGUGCACACUGAACGAAGGCGUGGUCGUAGAUGCUGCGUGUGACAGGAGGCGUCAAUCUUCAAACUCGUGCUGAGACACAAACGGCUCAUUCUUUCCCUUGCUUUUGGCCCUCCUCGCAUGCUGCUCCUUGGACGUACUUGGUGAAAAGAAAUACUGAAUUUUUGACUGCGGUUAGACUAAGCCAUGGAAGGCGACAGAGAAACGACCGAAAUGAGAGCGACGAAGCGAAGGGAACGUCAGAACGCUCUCGAGCAUCCUGACGGUGACAUGGGGUUUUGUGGAUGGGUUCUGGUGAUAUUUUCCAUUUUGUUGCUCCUGAUCACUUUACCCAUUUCUAUAUGGAUGUGCAUAAAGAUCGUGAAGGAGUACGAGCGGGCCAUAAUUUUUCGGUUGGGACGCAUCGUACGAGGUGGAGCUAAAGGUCCAGGUAUCUUCUUCAUCCUUCCCUGCACUGACAGUUUCAUCAAUGUGGACAUGCGCACAAUCACCUUUGACAUCCCACCACAGGAGGUUUUGACCAAGGACUCCGUGACCAUCAGCGUGGAUGGGGUUGUUUAUUACCGGGUGCAAAAUGCCACUCUGGCAGUGGCCAACAUCACAAAUGCCGAUGCGGCCACGCGCCUGCUGGCCCAAACCACAUUGCGCAACGUGCUGGGCACCAAAAACCUGUCUGAGAUUCUGUCUGAUCGUGAGGAGAUUGCUCACAGUAUGCAGUCUAGUUUGGAUGAUGCUACUGAUGACUGGGGUAUCAAGGUGGAGCGAGUGGAGAUCAAAGAUGUCAAACUGCCACAGCAGCUCCAGAGGGCCAUGGCGGCCGAGGCAGAAGCUACUCGUGAGGCUCGGGCUAAGGUGAUAGCAGCAGAAGGGGAGAUGAAUGCCUCACGAGCGCUGAAGGAAGCCUCCAUGGUCAUCGCAGAGUCACCUUCUGCCCUUCAGUUGCGCUAUCUGCAGACCCUCAACACCAUUGCUGCAGAGAAAAACUCCACCAUCAUAUUCCCACUGCCCAUAGACAUGAUGCAAAGCUUCCUGAAGCACUGAGGUCUGCUUUAUUCCUCCUCCGUGGUCAGGCCUGGCUGUAGUCAGCAACUAGCAGCUUCUCUUUUGAUAGGAUCAGCCUUGUGUGUUGUGUUUCAUGAAAUGUUAUCUAACCAUGCAAUUUACUCACAUAGACCUUAACACUGUACAGGUAAUUCUAACAUACUAACACGUGUCCUAAUUGUGUAGCAUGAGCAUGGUCAAGGAUGGAUCAGCAGCCUGUUGACAUUGGAUCACCUGAGGUUUUUUCCUCUUGUACCAAGGUUAGGAGUUUGAUUUCCUCUCCUCCACUGCCUUCUGGGUUUUUUUAUUCCUCUCCACACUUGUUUUCCACUACUUAUCGUCACUACUAAGUAAAGUCAUUCCAUGCUGUUGUAUUUUUUGCUUUGCGUUAGCUGCUAUUAGGCAAUAUGCUUGUAAGUCUGUUAUACAAAUUCAGUAUUAAUUGAACUGAAUAAGUAGAGGUCCAGUUGUGCCUGUAUUAGAUUUAACAGUUUGUUUUCAUUUGUAACUUUGACGUUAUGCUGAAUACUGUUAACACCCAAGUGUCCAUAACAACAUAACAUGUAACCCUACAAGUGUGGGUGAAGUUGCAGCUCUUUAAUAAUGAAUGUUUUGCAAUUGCCAAAAUGGCAUAUCCGUAUAUUUUUGCCAUUAAACUGCAGAGUUUAAUGGCAAAACACAAACUACAUGCAUAUUGCUAGACCUCAGGACUUAAACUAAGUGCUAUUAUGUCAUACCUUGACCUUAGAUAUUGUUAAAGUAUCAAUAUUUGUAGUAAUUUCAUGGAAUCAAAACGAGCUCUGUUAACAUAAAUGCUAGGAGAGUUUGAGAUCGUUGUUUCAAGGCCCAUUUCCAAGAUAUAUAUCAAACUUGUACAGAUAUAGAUUAAGAUGGUGGAUAAACAUACACAGUCUAGUAUCUAGCUUUUAUUCAGUGAAAUUAUUGAUUAGUACUGUAUAAAUACCCAGAAAUUAGGCCAUAAACAAAUGUCAUGCUGUUUUCUCUCUGUAUGUCAGUCAGUCGUGCACUUGGCACAGUAACACUAUGGAUGUUGCUUUUGAUUGUCAUUACUGUAGAUACAGCUGAAGAAGGGGAAGGGUGUGUAGAAACUGGUUUGUUCCAUGCAUAAUAUGACCUGUUUUACUUUGUCUUUUUGUUUCUCUAUGCAGUAGUUUGUACCGUUACAGUACACAAUUAUUGUAGCAGAUGCUCAGGCUAAUCUGUGGUAUGCACUAUAUCGCAUCUUUAAAUUCCUAAUGUUGAAUGUUGCCAAAGAACAUCUGAUCUGAAUUGCUGCUAAAGGUAGAAACAUUUUAUUCAUUAUCAUUUAUCAUUGUCUGUUACCUUUUAUGAUUAUAAAUACAUAUAUUUCAGACAUUUCUACUAACUAUUGAAAAAUUUAGCCUUCUGUACAUUUCUGUAGUUUGGAAUUUGGUUUCAAGAAUUGAAAGCAUGUUUUGCUUGCUGUUA